AUGGCGAGAUGGUCCUGCUGGACGGCGGCUGCGAGUUCUUUGGUUAUGUCAGUGACAUCACUCGAACGUGGCCCGUGAAUGGAAAAUUUAGUCCGAUCCAGGCGGAGCUGUAUGAAGCUGUCCUGGAGGUCCAGCACUCCUGCUUGUCCCUGUGCUCUCCGGGCGUCAGCCUCGACCACAUCUACAGCACCAUGCUGGCUCUGCUGGGCCGGCAGCUGAAGCGGCUGGGCAUCCUCAAGGCGGGCGCCAGUGAUGCUGAUGCUUUGAAGGUGACUCCUUCUGAUCAUUCAAGACUUUGCUGCAAAAUCUAAAGCAAUUUGUUUGAU